AUGUGUAAAUUCAAUCAAGACUGCCCUAUUCUUGAUGAAAAUUGUGAAUACUGCAAGAACAUGCAGCAUCAGUCCACGUCCGAAUUUUCGUUAAAUCCAUAUAGUAUAUCGGAUAUCCAAAGUUUAAUGAUUCAAGCUAUAUGCCAACAAAAUGAGGUUAUAGCCUUAAUUUCCAAUCAGUCAAGCGAGUUGACGGAUAAGGUUUAUAAAAUCACUGAAAAUAUUAAACAAAUUCAGUACAAUUCCUCCAAAUUAUAUGACUGCUCGUCAGAAUUUAUGAAUAAUGUUUUUAAUCAACCAGAAGGAAAUUCAACACCUAAGCUUUUACUGCAGAUUUUGUGUGGAGGAAAUACUAAUUUUAAAUAUAAAAUUGCAUUAAUCAAUGAAAUCCCCAAUCCUAUUUACAAAGAAAGAUCAUUUAAAAUUCUGGCAAAAAUCGUAGAUUUUAAUGGAAAUUUAGUAACUUUAUCACAGCAAGUGCAUUUUAAAAUAAUGCUGUUCACGACUGAAGAUCCACCUAAAAAUUUAAAGGUGAAUGUUUCUGGUCAAAAAAUCAUGAGAGGAACAACUGAGACAAGUUCAGAUAGCAUAAUUUCUUUUUCAAAAGUAGUAUUUAAAGAAGUUACGUCGCACUUUAAGAACGGAUGCUUUUACCUGGUGAUUUUGCCGACAGAAUGCAAAGAAAUUGAGCCUCUUAUUAUUGAAAAUGUAGCCAUUAAAGCAAGAAAAAUUGUUUUUAAGGGAAAAAAAAUAAAAGAGAUGAUUAAGGAUAGACUAAAAAAUCUUUAA